CAUAUAUAUGCGCUUCAUAGUUGUCUGACAGAAUAAUAUUAUUACACAGUCACACACACGCACAUAUAUACAGCUAAACAAAUCCGCCGCCAUGCCUAUCUCACCGUCCAGUAUGCCUUAUCCAACCCGUCUGUCCUCUGAACCAUCAAAAGAUCUCAUUGAAAAAGUAUCAAGACGUUUAUCAACAACUGGUGAAAUAGCCAGACUAACCGCUUAUAUUCCAGGACGUUUAUCUGAACUGAAUUGGUGUGAAAGUGUACUGGAAUUAUGUCGUGAAUAUGUAAGGAAUAAUACAGCCAGUGGUCUACAAGCUGGUGGAAUACAAAGUAUUGAAAAACCAGAACCAUCAGCAAUACCAAUUGAUGAUAUUGUCAAAGCGGUGACGCCACAAUCAAGACUACGUUUACCUGAAGAAUUGUAUACUGAACUUGUGAAUCGGAUUAUUGGAUUUAUUGGAGAACAACUAAUUGAUUAAUUGAUUGAUUGAUUGACUAAGUG